CGCUCCCGCCUGCCCUCGUGUUCCGCAGCAGCGCCUUGCCCAGCGCCGACAUGGCUUCAGGCGCCGCCACCACCGCUGUGAAGAUUGGAAUAAUUGGUGGGACAGGCCUGGAUGAUCCGGAAAUUUUAGAAGGAAGAACUGAAAAAUAUGUGGAUACUCCGUUUGGCAAGCCAUCGGAUGCCUUGAUUUUGGGGAAGAUAAAAAAUGUUGAUUGCGUCCUCCUUGCCAGGCACGGGAGGCAGCACACCAUCAUGCCUUCCAAAGUCAACUACCAGGCGAACAUCUGGGCCUUGAAGGAGGAGGGCUGCACACACGUGCUGGUGACCACAGCCUGUGGCUCCCUGCGGGAAGAGAUUCAGCCUGGUGACAUUGUCAUCAUCGACCAGUUCAUCGACAGGACAACCACAAGACCUCAGACCUUCUAUGAUGGAAGCCAUUCCUGUGCCAGAGGAGUUUGCCAUAUUCCAAUGGCCGAGCCAUUUUGUCCCAAAACAAGAGAGGUCCUCAUAGAGACUGCUAAGAAGCUAGGACUCAGGUGCCACUCAAAGGGAACAAUGAUCACAAUCGAGGGACCUCGUUUCAGCUCCCGAGCAGAAAGCUUCAUGUUCCGCACCUGGGGAGCAGAUGUUAUCAAUAUGACCACUGUUCCAGAGGUGGUGCUAGCCAAGGAGGCUGGUAUUUGCUAUGCAAGUAUUGCCAUGGCAACAGAUUAUGACUGCUGGAAGGAGCACGAGGAAGCAGUUUCAGUGGACCGGGUCUUAAAGACCCUGAAGGAAAAUGCCAAUAAAGCCAAAAGCUUACUGCUCACUGCCAUUCCUCAGAUAGGGUCCACAGAAUGGUCAGAAACCCUCCAUAACCUGAAGAAUAUGGCCCAGUUUUCUGUUUUGUUACCAAGACAUUAAAAUAACAAAGCUGCCUAGGAAAACAGUGACUUUUUAAUUGCAAUUUCUAACUACUUACCUUGGGGGAAAAAAAUCAUAGGAAAGAUGUGCAGCUUUCACAUGCUUGCCUGGGAAAGGAAAACGUGUAGGAAAGAGAGGGAGCAGCAAGUGUUCAAGACUCCUGCUGGAAGACCAGAACCGUUUCAAAACAUGGCAGAAGACGCAAGCGCCCAGAACACAUUUGGGUAAAAUCCUGUGUUCUACAAUAAAAUAAAAUAUUAUUCUCCCCUCCAUCUGUUAAAUUUGCAGUAAUAAAGGGGGUGAGUAAUAACUAGUUUGCUGUGUUGCCAAGAACUAUGAAGAAAAUGAGACUCCUUGGCUGUAUAUUGCUGUGACUGGACCUCGUGCAAUCAUUUGAAGGGCAGUUUGGUAAAAUGUGUCAAAAGGCUCAAAAAUAAGUCGGCACUUUGUGUCCUGUAUCCUCCUGGGAAUUUCUCCUUUAAAAAUUAUCACAUACAUAUAUAAAGCAGAAUAUUUAAUAGUAUUGGUUAUAAUAGUAAAUAUUCUAAACAAUAUGAAUAUCCAUCAAUUGGAGAUAAAUGUUGCUUAAUUGUGAAGAUGUCAACUGAAGAACAUGUUUUCAUAUAACCUUUGAUAUCUAAAAGAAGAGAUUAUAAUCUACAGUACUUGUUUUUAAAUGCCAUGUGAUUGUGCAGAAAUACUUGACAGAAAAAUGCAUAGUCUUGCAUUUGGGGGAGGAGACAUUGGGUAAUAAAGUCGUAAAAAUAAAAAUGCCCUUAGAAAGUUCCAGUUCUUAAAAACACUGUGGAUGCUAAUGAAGUGAAAUUUACGGUGUAACAUUAAGAGUGUUAUUUCAGCAAGUUACAUCUUUAGUUUCAAAAACAAAGAGGCUCCCUGACGAAAGAGCAGAACUGGGCUUUCCUGAGAAAGCCGCAUUAACUACCAAAGUCCGACACUUAACUACUUACAAAUUACACGUGUACCUAGCGUAUCAGAUAUUUUUUUAAACGAUUUGACUUUUUAUGAGUUGAUGAAUUCUCUUAUGAGUUGGCAGUUUUUGUUUUUUAAUAAUAAAAAAUAGAAGCUU